ACCAGGAUUUAAUUUGUGACUCAUCCUUAAAAACACACACUUGGCAACAUGUUCGGUUUAUUUUGAAGCAUUUACACACCCACGGUCUUUCUUUCUUCCAUUAGGUGUUUGCCCGGUUUGUUUGGUUCGGCCCCGCCCUGCAGGCGCGCUGAUAUCACGCAGAUGCGUAAUUUGACAAGCCAGCGCAAAACAGCGGAGAAUGAGCGCCUGACAGCUGCUCGCUCGUGCAGCUUGUUGCCAAAGGAAGCAAGGAAUUCCUCAUCUGCUGGACUUAUUCGUGAACGUUUAGGGGAAAUCUCUGCGUUUAUGGCCACUGUGAGGACUGCUGCUUGGGUUGCUCCGGAGCAAGACGCGCAGUUUCUUCAGAAGACCCCUACCGGCGACGGCCUGGGAGGCGGGGAGGGUCCGGGACAAGUGCUCUAUGACAGGAGGGAUGCAUCCAGUCUGGCUACAUCAGAGAUGGACAGCUACUUGUGUCCGCACCUACAGGAUGUUGUAAAUUCCAAAAUGUUGUGCAGCUUCACUCCGGAGCCGCCUUUCACCGAAGACUUCGCCUCGCCUUACAGUGUCAACAUGAACCUGUUCCUUCCUGAUGUCACGUGCUUGCACCCCACGGGCCCCUGCACAGCUGUGACACAAAUCAAAACAGAGCCAUCACUCUCCCUGACGCUCCCAGCCUGCCUAGGGGGCGGAGUACCACCUCCAGCAGAAUACUCAGGUGUAUUUAAAGCAGCAGACUCUCAGGACGGCGCGUUUUUCAUCAAACAGGAAGUGCCAGACCUUCAGGAUGUUACCAUGUUUCAGCUUUUGAACACUGAUUUGGAUCAGCUCACUCACGAAUCGCAGGUGAACCCCGGCCCUGUGACCAAGUUUGGUUUUCCUGUUCAAGGUCCAGUGCAGAAUUCUGCAAAACCUGCAAGCAGGUUGCAUGCUGAAUGUUUACAUUUAAACCAACGCUUGGGUCAUGAGGUUAGACCUACUUACUGGCCACCCUCUCCACCAAACUCUGAACCUUCAAGUCCAGACAGAAGCAAGGAGCUCCUUCAUAAACUCUCCCCACCUCCUUCGUAUGAAGCCAGCAUCGCUUCCAAGUUCCAAACCUCCACCGAUCCAGGACAGACCAACAGGCCAGCAAAUCAAGACCAAAAUUACUCCACUGGGUUCCUUCAAAGUCCGACUUCUGGGGCAACCCAACAGUCGAGCCUGACAAAAGCUCAGAGAACACAUGUUGGUCCUCCCUCUCCAGGGUUGAUCCGGUCAGCUCCGGUUAAAUACAACCGGAGGAAUAAUCCCGAUCUGGAAAAACGUCGAAUUCACCACUGUAACGUCCCAGGGUGCAAGAAAGUUUACACCAAGUCAUCUCAUCUGAAAGCUCACCAACGGACCCACACAGGAGAGAAGCCCUACAAGUGCUCCUGGGAGGGCUGCGAUUGGUGCUUCACUCGUUCUGAUGAGCUGACACGUCACUUCAGGAAGCACACCGGAGCAAAGCCAUUCCAGUGUGGAGUGUGUAGUCGCUGCUUCUCCCGCUCGGACCACCUGGCCCUGCACAUGAAGAGGCACCAGAGCUAGAGACGCCUCUAAAAAAAACACUUACCUUUUUUCUUCUAAAGUGGACAAAGCACUGAGAGAAAGGCGUUUACUUUUUUUAUCAUUUAGUCUUUAUUUAAGAUCUUCUCAGGAGUGCUGGCCCACCACUAAUUCUCACUUUUAUUUUGAAAAGAUUUCUUACAUUACAUCUCAUCACAGUGAGGCUGAAAGUAGUUAAAGAGUUAAAAUUCAUUUGUCAAAUGUAAGAAUCUGAUGCUUUGUACGCCUUUAUUUUGAUAACAUGCUUUAUUAAAACAAUUUUGACUUUAUAUCCCAUUUUUUUACUAUGCAGAUUAUAUCAGCUUUGUGAAAUUUAAUAUUUAUUUAUGAUUAAAAUUGAAGCUGCAUGUAUAAGUGGAAGGAAAAUUGGGUUUUAGGGAAUGGGUCAGAGGGAAUUAUAUUUACUCAUAUCUGGAUAAUAAAAUAACUAUUUUGGGAUUUGAGGAUAUUUUUAUUUUCAACAGCCCACUAAAUGUUCUCUUAACAUCUAACGUCUGUCACCAUAGCUGGUGCAUCAACAUCUAAAGCCUUGUUCUCUUUUAUUUCAGGCGUUUUGCAAACAUUAUUAGCUCAUAUUGAUUUUAAUGAGCUAAAACUUCAAAGUUAUUUUUUUAGCAAGCAUUGAAACCUAAUUUAAAACUUUAAAUCUGAGCUAUUUUCUUUGUUUUAUUUAUAGAUGAAAUAAUACAAAUACAAGAAAAAAUGAGACCUUUUGUUUUUACAUGCAGGAAUUUUUUAAAUAAAUUUUCUAUAUUUUCUACAAAGUUAAAAAAAAUAUUUUUUUAUACUUUCUGUAUUUUCAUUUCUAUAUUUUGUAACUUACAACAGGAUGCCAAAUAUUACAAGUGAAAAAAUACACACACGCACACACACACACUGAAUGGCACAGUUUCAGUGACCUGUUUGAUGGGGAAAUAAUCAGAUAAACGUUUUACUGGUGGUUGUUGUUCUCAUAAAUCAGAAAGCAUCGGACAGAAAACUUCAUGCCUUGGUAUUGAAUUAUUUGUCUCACUGCCCACUGAAAAGGUGAACGUGCAAAAUAAAAUGUUUAUAAUUGAAGGUUUGGAACAUUUUAAAGAUGUGUUUUUUCAGUCCUUGUCAUGAAAUUAGGGAAUUUUAACUAAGAAUAAAAAACUACCCACAGCAAA